AUGUCUUCUACCGGCCAGAGCCCACAGAGCAACCUUGAUCGAUAUGUGGUUAUACACGUCGCCACUACCUGUGACGAGCACGGGGUCUACGUUACCAAGGACUCCGCAGAGGUGAUAGAGCUCGGAUGGAUCCUGCUCGAUGCAAAGACCUGCGAUGAGCUUCACCGUGAAAGUGUCCUCGUCAAGCCGAUCAACACCCCCAUUACACCUCUGUGCACGAGCUUGACCACUCUCACCUGGGAGCAUGUUCGGAAUGCAGGAACCUUCCGCGAUGCUAUCAACCGGUUCGACGCCUUUGCAUCCGAGCAUCUGACCUCUCAAAAUCUUGACUUCUCCUUCGUCACUCUCGAUUCCUGGGAUCUUCGUGUCCAGCUUCCCCGCGAGGCUCGUGACAAGGCUGUGGUCUUGCCUCCCUAUCUCCAACACUCUCGAACCUUUGACCUUCGAACCGAAUACCAACGCUGGCAACAACACCACCCGGAAUCCCUGCCUUUCGGCCCCUCAAUGUUGUCAAACAUCUGUGCAGCGCUCGAGGUUGAGCCUGUUCAGGCGAGUGCCCCGAUCAAGCACAACUUGCCAUUCCACCUGCAAGCUCUGGCACCGGCUUCUCCUCGUCGCGCCAUGGAGGAAGCCGUUACACUUGCGAGAGUUCUAAGAGGCUUGAUCCGCAAGUCCCAGCCUCCUUCUGAACACCCUGAUGUGCUUACGAGACCUAUGGACGCUCGUGCUGAUGUUCGAGCUUUCUUGUCUGAACGUAGCAAGGUGCUCCACAUGGCAGGUCUUCCUCAUGACACUACCCAAUCUGAACUUGAGAGCUGGUUCACCCAGUUCGGCGGACGCCCUAUUGCCUUUUGGACCCUCCGUACCCCAGAUCAGCAUAAGCCUACUGGCUCCGGCUUUGCCGUUUUCUCGUCGCAUGAAGAGGCCGCUGAGAGUUUGUGCAUGAACGGACGUGCCCUUAAUGAGAAGGCCAUUGAGGUCUCCCCAUCGUCCAGCCGCGUUCUUGACCGCGCUGCGGAGAUACUAACCCCCUUUCCGCCUAGUAAGAACCGACCUCGUCCCGGAGACUGGACUUGCCCUUCAUGUGGCUUUUCUAACUUCCAGCGACGAACUGCCUGCUUCCGUUGUUCAUUCCCCGCUAUGAGUGCCGGCCCCGGUGGAGAUGCGAUGGGUGGAUACGGUGGAGCAUACGGAUACGGUCCGCCAGCAAUGAUGCCUCCACCACAACACAUGGGCCAUCACGGUGGUCUUGGUAGCCACGGUGGCGGAAGGAUGGGCGGAAGUGGUGGUGUUGUUCCGUUCCGUGCCGGUGACUGGAAGUGCGGCUCAGAAGGCUGCGGAUACCACAACUUUGCCAAGAAUGUCAGCUGUCUUCGUUGUGGCGCGAGUCGAGCUGGUGCAGCUGUUGUGGCUGAUUCUGGUUAUCCUUCUCCAAUGGAUGCCCCUUCAAGCUACGGCGUCGGCCCAGGGUCGAUGGCUGGUACUCCUGGCCCAGGACCCUUUGCUUCUGCUGCUGGAGCUUUCGGGUCCUCUGGUGGCUAUGGUGGACAACACUUUGGAGGGCCUCCAAGCACCUACGCUCUCCCGUCUGGUCUCGGCGCUUCGACCGGGCCCUACCCCGGGACCUUGAACACCCACUUCGGCCCAUCUAGCGGUGCGCACUCAGCCGGUCCUUUUGAUAGCCGUGCUGCAGAAGUCGCAUUCCAAUCGGCCAGCAACGGCCCAGCUUCAGCCGGCCCAUCAAACAACUUUUAUUCCAACCAAGGAGAGAGUGAUCCCUUCGCAUUCCUCUCUUCCGGCAUUGGGAACUUGUCAAUGAGCAGCGGAGACGCUCGCCAGAACGGUGGAUCAGCGCAGCUCAAUGCCCCCAGCAAGUCUCCCGCCUAA